AUGGCUUUGCCAAAAUGGACAACUAUUGCUGCAGUAGAGUUUGACGGUGGUGUGGUAAUAGGUGCUGAUUCAAGAACAACUUCAGGAGCUUACAUAGCCAACAGAGUGACAGAUAAAUUGACGAAAGUAACAGAUAAGAUAUAUUGCUGUAGGUCAGGUUCUGCAGCUGAUACCCAGGCUGUAGCAGAUAUUGUUAAAUAUCAACUGAAUUUCUAUGAGAUGGAAAUGGGUGAGGAGCCAUUGGUUCACACAGCAGCUCAUACCUUCAGAGAAUUAUGUUAUGAUCAUAGAGAUAAUAUAUCAGCCGGUAUUAUUGUGGCAGGAUGGGAUAAGAAGGAGGGAGGACAGGUUUUUGCUGUACCAUUAGGUGGUAUGGUUGUAAGACAACCGUUUGCUAUUGGAGGGUCUGGUAGUACCUAUCUAUAUGGUUAUGUUGAUUCUCAAUUCAAACCAAAAAUGUCUAAAGAGGAAUGUUUACCGUUUGUUGCUAAUGCUCUAUCAUUAGCUAUCAAUAGAGAUGGCUCUAGUGGAGGUAUAAUAAGAUUAGCAGCUAUAACAAAAGAUGGUGUAGAGAGAAUUACAUUGACAGGAAAUCAACUACCUAAAUUCUAUGAAGAUCAUUGA